AUGGCACCCGGAAAACGUUCAUUCAUUGUAGGAUGCGGUUGCACCGCGUUUAUCAAGCCCCGCGCGACGAGGACCACUGAAGACAUGGGCCUUGAGGCCGCCACGAAAGCCUUGCUCGACGCAGGCAUCACGUACGACGAAGUUGAGACAGCCUUCGUCGGAUACUGUUAUGGUGAUUCAACCAGCGGUCAGCGCGCCCUCUAUAACUUGGGCAUGACCGGUAUCCCUAUCACCAAUGUGAACAACAAUUGUUCGACUGGUUCCACUGCCUUGUACCAAGCCAGCAAUGCUGUGAAAGGUGGUCUGGUCGAAUGCGCUUUGGCUCUGGGCUUCGAGCGCAUGAAGCCUGGCAGCCUUGGGACGAACUUCCCUGACCGCCCUUCGCCUACACUGCUCUUCAACGAACGCGUCGUUGAUGCCGAGAAGAAAGCUGAUGCUAUUAACCACGGUCCCGGCGCACCCAGGAUGUUCGGAACCGCAGGCUCCGAAUAUCUGAGAAAAUACGGCGGCGGCGUCGAACAUUUGGCCAAGAUUGCUUCCAAGAACCACAGACACUCAGUGAACAACCCCUAUUCGCAGUUCCGUGAUGGUUGGUCGGUCGAGGAAGUCCUCAAGGCCCCCAAGAUUACCAACGAACUCACCAAGUUCAUGUGCAGCCCCACUUCGGAUGGUGGUGCUUGCGCCAUCAUCGCCUCUGAGGACUUUGUCCACAAACAUGGUCUUGAGAACCAGGCCAUUGAGAUCGUCGCGCAGUCUUUGGGCACUGACUAUCCUUCGACCUUCGAAACCACCAGUGCUAUGGAUGUCGUUGGCUAUGACAUGGCUAAACGAUGCGCCGACGACGUCUUCUCAAAGGCCGGCUUCCGCCCUGGUGAGGGCCGUGACCAAGUUGGUGUUGUUGAGCUCCACGAUUGCUUCGCCGCCAACGAGCUGAUUACCUAUGCUGCAUUGGGACUUUGCAAGGAGGAAGAUGCCUGUAGGAUGGUGGACGCCGGUGAUAACACUUAUGGUGGAAAAUACGUCAUCAACCCCAGUGGUGGUCUCGAAGCCAAAGGGCACCCCCUUGGUGCUACCGGUAUUGGCAUGCACUUCUACAUCGCCAUGCAACUCCGUGAAUGGGCCGGUCCUAUGCAAGCUGGCCAUCUCUUCGACACCGCCGACAGUCGUGGCAAGUAUGGACUCGUCCACAACCUCGGUCUUGGUGGUGCCGUAGUCAUCUCUCUCCUCCGUCGUCCCGAAUUCUACAAACCUGGUGGUCGUGAUGGACGCGACAGGUUGGGAUACAACCACGCCCAUGAGUACCGACCUAUCACCAUGCACGAUGUUGAUAAGGUCAAGGCGAAGAAGUAUUCUCCUUACGUCUUGCAACACGCUAAACUCUAA